GCGCGCCGGUGCCCACGGCGGUCGGGCCCCGCCAUCGUCACAGGGCGAACUAAGCGCUUUCCUUUGUAUCUGCUCCUCGUUUUCUUACCAGCUGGAGAGCGGGAGUCCUGGAACAAAACUGCCAUUUGUGGCCUCAGCCGCUCUAACCGAACGUGAGGCCCCUUCGCCCCAAACGGAACGUGAGGACCCUGACCCAAGAUGGCGGCGCCCUGGCGCUCGCUCUAACUGCUACACUGAGGCGCGCUGAGGCCGGGAUCCCUUCAGCAUGUCGAAGCUCAGCCGGGCCACUCGGACGCUUAAGAAGCCCGCAGCCGAGGGCGUGAUCCGGACCAUCGUCCGGGCCGGCCAGGCCGUCUCCGGGCCCCCGCUGGGCCCCAUCCUGGGUCAGCGAGGCGUCUCCAUCAAUCAGUUCUGCAAGGAGUUCAACGAGAAGACAAAGGACAUCAAGGAAGGCAUUCCCCUGCCCACCAAGAUUUUUGUGAAGCCUGACAGGACAUUUGACAUAAAGAUUGGACAACCCACUGUGUCCUACUUCCUGAAGGCAGCUGCUGGGAUUGAGAAGGGAGCCCGGCACACAGGGCAAGAGGUGGCAGGCCUGGUGAGCCUGAAGCACGUGUAUGAAAUUGCCCGCGUCAAAGCCCAAGAUGAUGCCUUCGCCCUACAAGAUGUGCCCCUGUCUGCUGUUGUCCGCUCCAUUCUUGGCUCUGCCCGUUCCUUGGGCAUUCGGGUGGUGAAGGACCUCAGUGCCGAGGAGCUGGCUGCAUUCCAGAAGGAGCGGGCCUUGUUCCUGGCUGCUCAGAAGGAAGCUGAUUUGGCAGCCCAGGCAGAGGCUGCCAAGAAGUGACCCCUGGACCCCAGACUCCAUGGUUUUGAAGGGAGAAAUUGGAAAGGCAGGGCGCCAGUUUGGCAGACUGUGCCAGAGGGGAGGAAGAGCGGUCCUACCGACCUAGUAAUUUUUGCCUUAUUUUAUGUGUUUGCACAUGUGGCUGUAUCAGGGAAUCAAACCCAAAUAAACAUCCUUUUUCACCCACUCUCAGUUGCUGCCUUGGGACUUGGGGGCACACAGGCCGUACUGACAGUAGCCACCGUGGACAGACUUUAGCUGUCCUAGGAAGGCAGGGUCUUCUGGCCGCCUCAGCCACAGAGCAACUCGCCCAGGCUCUGACUGGGCAGAGGUGGGAAGAGAACCCUGACCCUUCUGAUUACAAAUCAGAAUUGUCCCCUUCCUCCAGGAGUGAGAACAGGAUGGGGCACGGUGGGGGCAAUGAUGCCAGGGUCUGGUCUAUAGAAGCAGCAGCUGUUGCUUCUACUUCUGCCAGACAGCUCUCAUCUCAACCCUUUAGAAAACUAGGGCCCUCCCUGGCAGCACAGUGGGUUAAAGUGC